UUAUGUCACCUGUAAUAUGCUGUUAAAUAUGUUCAUUUGGAAAGCUGGACACAAAAUAAUGCGUAUAAAUUUUUAUCUGUGAUAAUGCCUUUCAAAAUUGAACAUGUUUUCCCUGGUGGAAAUAAAUGGGUAAUGUCAUAACAGAGCUCCAGGCCCAAGCGCUCAGCAAGCAGCUAUCCCAUUGGUCCUCCCGCUCUACAGAGUCUCCCAUUAUUUUACUCAAAUAAACACUCCAGCGACUUGAUUUUUUGGAAUAAGGCUGAAAAACUGUGUUGGAGGAGAGAACGAAGUGUGUUAAUCGUGGCAGGAGGUGUCGUGUGUGCAUAGAUUGGAGUGGACAAAACAAGAGGUGGUGGUGUUGGUGAUGGCAGUGGACCAAUCGGCGAGCGGGUCUCAAAUGGUUGUUUGUGAAGCCAUGGCCGACGGCGCCACUGUAUUUCUCUUCCAACAAAGCCUCGUCUCGACCUUUGUCGCCCUUCUCAGCCGUAUUUAUUUGUGUAUUAUUCUCUCUAAGUGAAAACUGGCGCUAGUGGGGUGGGAGUGAGGCCUCGCGGGCCGCCAUGAGGGAAACAAAUGAGAGAAAGAUGAGGUAGGUCACGUGACCUUGCAAUGAAAAAUGGCGCCGAGGUUUGGGAUAAUUUGAAGACGAUGCGAGAGAUGUCAGUCGCGUUGGUUUGUUUGUGUUUACGUUGAGCAGCAGCAGCAGCAGCGGCCACCCGUGGGCGGCCCCGCCCUCACACGCCGCCCACGAUGUCAGAAAGGAAGAGAAAGAGAGGGCGGCCGCGCUCCACGCCCGUUUUAAGUUAUGGAUCAGAAAUGAAAAUGAGAAAUAGCAUAACUAGAGUAAUUAAAAAGCCGAGAUACUUAGUGGAGCAGGAGGAGGAGAGCAACCACUCCAGGUCGUGUUCCCCCUCCAGGACACAGGAGUGGGCGGCCGAGGAGCGGGUCGGGCAGAGCCCUGGCGGCCGAGGCAAGAACAAGCGGGGAUACAACCCAGAUGUUGAUGACAGGGAGUCUGAGUACCUCUAUGGCUCAGAUUUCGAGCUCGAGGAACUCUCUGAGAAGGAGGAGAGUGACUACAAAAGUGCCAGCGAGGACGAGGGCGACCUGGGUGAUGAGGAUGAGGUUGAUGUCUCUGAGGGCGAGGAAUCUGUAUCCAGUCUUGGAACUAAUGGGGGGACCCCUGGCAGGGUGCUGGGUGGUUCUAGGCCACAGACACCAGUGCCAGUGUGGCUGCAGGACCGCCAGUACCCGCCCUUGGACCUGCCUAAGUCGUCCGACGAUCUUCUCCUUCCUCGUGCGUAUGUCCUGCGGGCUGUUGGCAUCUAUGAGGUGUUGCGGCACUUCAGGACCCUGGUUCGUCUGUCACCAAUGAGGUUCGAGGACUUUUGUGCUGCCCUAAUGGCAGAGGAACAGAGUUCACUACUGGCAGAGGUGCACAUGUCUCUGUUGAAGGCCCUCAUUAGGGAGGAGGACUCCCAGCAGACCCACUUUGGUCCGCUAGACCAGAAGGACUCUAUCAACGUCAUCCUUUACUUCAUUGACGCCCUCACCUGGCCUGAAAGUCUCAGACUCUACCUGCAGAGUGAUCAUGAGUUCAGAGAGACCCUGCACAUCCUUGACUCCUGCAACUACCCAUUUACUUCUCUAGAGAACAGGUUGCAAGUACUGCAGUUCCUGUGUGAUCAGUUCCUGCAAACAUCUGUGGUUCGGGAGGACCUGCUGAGUGAAGGCAAACUUCGCUAUGAUGACCAUUGUCGAGUCUGCCACAAAACUGGUGACCUCUUGUGCUGUGAUUCAUGUUCGGCUGUGUAUCACCUGGAUUGUGUUGACCCUCCACUACACGACAUACCUGGAGAGAUGGAGGACUGGACCUGUAGUGUCUGUACUGCACACCAGGUUGAGGGUGUUACUGACUGUAUAUCUCCUAUGGAGACUUCAGGAAUUCUAUGCAGACAAGACCCUUUAGGGUUUGAUCGACAUGGGAGGAAAUAUUGGUUUCUUGUCCGCAGAUUAUUUGUUGAGACUGAGGAUGGGGAGAUCUGGUACUAUUCCACCCGAGCUCAGCUGGAGGAGGUGCAGGGCCUUUUGGACGGAGCAGACCUGGAAGAGGAACUCUAUAACACACUACACGAUGUAAUGUCAGAGUUGAAGCGUCAGAUGUCGCUCACCGAAACUAUAACGGAAGAGAGUAAAGGCAAUCGCAAGUCCUGCAUAGAAGUGGAAGAUGAUGAAGUGAGCAAGAGGAUAGUGGAGCGGAAAAAGCAGAAGCUAAAAACAGAGCAAGAAGGAUUAGACCAGCUAAUUGAAGAGAUCAAAGAAGAAGAUAUAAAAUGUGAAGUUGAAGAAGUAGAUGAGGAAAAGAUAAAGAUAAAGUCUGAAGGACAUGUUUCCAGCUUAGAUCCUGUUACGGGAGAAAUGUUGGACACCUUGAGUAACUCGGCUGCACUCUCCACUCUGAAUUCUUCCCCAAAAAUAAAUAAUGAAGUAAAGGAAGAGAUUGAUAUAAAAGAGGAAGACAUUGAAAGUGAGGAGAAAAAUAAAGACAGUGGCAUCAAGACGAGAACGAAAACAGGAACACUCAUCCCAAAGCAGUUUGCUGUGGACGACCUGAGACGGCGACUGCCUGUGGAGGGGGACAGCAAAGAGGAUAUUAAGAAAGAAACAGAUGAUGAAGAUGUCCAAAAGCUUACUCAAAGCAAGUUAGCCCAGCUGCAAAGUAAUGCACAUCUGUACCGACUUGGAUGUGAUGGAAAAUUCAAAAAUUACGUGAACCAGUAUUCAUCGAACACACUGGCUCUCAACAAGUUGCAGCACAAUGAGGAAAGGGACAAGAAAAGACAUCUUUCUCACAAGUUCAGUCUUACUCCCAAUGCUGAAUUCAAGUGGAAUGGAGUUAUAUAUGGCAAUAAAGAAUCUCUCAUAUCUACACUUCGCCAUACACUCUUGGCUUUAGAGCAGAAUGUCUCUGUUCAUCUGUUCCACCCACACUGGCCCAACAUUCGCAAGGCUUGGAAUGUUGCUGUGAUGUCUUCAACCGAGUCCCGUCAUUUCUCACGUGUUCUCAUGUGGUUGGUGGCUUGCAUUAAACCUGUGGUCCUCAAUCCUGUGUGGCAUGAUUCUUUGGGUCAUGUUAGAUUUAACAGAGUGACUGCUUUAGAAAGAGAAGAGAAGAAAAAACAGGAGAAGAGAGACAAGAAAGAGUCUGAUCAAGAAGAACCAAAACCAAUGACCAUCAUAAAGUACACUCUUGGCCUCAAACAUCAGGUUUGGAAGCUGAAAGGUGAGGAGUAUCGUGUACACGGAAUGUGGGGAUGGCAGUGGUUGUCUGCUCAUAGACGUGCCCCGCACACGCCCAUGUCGAGCGUUGGACUCCGUGCAGGAGGCGACAAAUACAUGGUGCCUAUUAAGGGCGCUUCUGGUCUCAGGAGCCUCUCUGUCAACCCAGCCAUCUACAAACAACUGGCCUCUAAAACUCCGUCUUUGAGACCAUCUCUUCUUUCCCCCAAACAGUGUGCAUUACUCGUGGAUUCCAGAAAUGUGCCAACUGAAGAAAAAAAGAAUGAAAUUAUUAUAGCAAGCUCAAGUGGUCAACAAAAAGUGGAGGUCGGCAAAGUCAAUCUGGAGGAGCUAAUGGAGGAUGGACUCAUAAAUGUGUCAAGAGCUCUCACAUCACGCUCUCGCUUCAUCUACCCUAAGGUUGCCAAGACUUCAGUCCUUGAUAGCUUACUAAGCCGUCGCAUUUCUCUCCGAACUCAAGAAGAAAAGGAUCUAGCCAACAAGAAAUCUCAUGGCUGUGAAUGUAAAAAAGAUGAAGAAGAUGAUGAAGUUGAUGUGGAGAAUGAUGAUUCAGAUGCUACUCUUAGUGAUAAUUCAGACCAUGAAAAUAUUGACGAAAUUCCUGAUUCCCAGAGGUCCACUAUUCAUAAACAGAGACCUGCUGGAAAUUUAUUAAAGGAAGUUCGCAUGUUAAAGACAAAGUUUGAAAUGCUUGACGAGCUUGAUGGAAACUACGUGUGUUAUUCGGUGAUAUGUAGAAGUAGUGGGCGAUGCCAUUGUUAUUCUCCAUUGUGCCUGCUAAAAACUAGGACAAAAGAAAAAUUAAUUAAUAGUGUUAAAAAUUAUAGAAUAGUUACCAGCAAGCGUGCUCCUUUUGAUGAGGUUGGGGCACACAGUCCUGUGAGAUUGACAGAUUUUGAGGUGGAAAGUGUGAGUAAAGCAGAGACAGUGAGUGACACUUUAACUAAUGCUACUAGUGUAGUUGCCACUGUGAAUGGACAACUAGCUAAUAAUGGCUCAACUGCUACUGCAGAAAUGGGUCAGAUAAAAUUAGAAAGUGCAGAUUCCAGUGACGGUAGAUCAUCGAGAGCCAGUAGUGAGAUAAAAAUACGAAUGGAAGAUGAUAUAGAUGAAACAAGCCAAGGGUCCCUCACUAUGGAGAGUAAAUUCUCUUUGAAAAAUGACAGGACAUAUAGUAGUGAGUCUACCUCUGGGAAAGUGUACCUGAAAAAGCUACCGAGUGAAACAAAGCGUGGGCGUAAACUUCAGUACCAUGUGCCCCAGCUCUCUACCUUCAGAAUUGGUAAAAAAAGUGCUAGUGUUGAUAAAAGAGUGAGUAGUAUACUUGUGUUGCCAAAUUGGGAAUUGAGAAUGUUGGCAAGAAAAGGGGGACGCUAUCAUGUUAGUGGUUUUAACCAUAAUGCCAAAGCGAACAAUAUUGUUUGGCCAUAUCCCUGUUCUCGACCCGUGUUCAAAACUACUUGGCAGUAUCGCACAGCCAACAUGCCAACCUUGAAUUCUGCAUCGAUGCAGUUACGCAUUUUAUGGGUGUGCCUUCGAUGGGAUGACAUGCAGGAGAAGGGGCCAGGAGAUGGCAGAAAACAGAUCACAACAGAAAUGGAGAUCAUCCAAACAGAAAUAUUGAAGAGAAAACAUUCUGGACGAUUUUUAGAGAAGACCUCCUAUCUCCGUCGUAAAGUGAUAAUCCCUUUUGAUGUUCCUAAGCCUAUAAGAGAAUUUACCCCUUCUCAGCGAAGUGGAUUAAGAAAGAGACGGCGUGCUCAAUCACCUGUCAACACACAGCCUCAGAGUGUUGAGGAAUGGGUUGAUGAAGACAAGUUGGAUAUAUGGGAAAUUCGAUUUUUUGGAGAACGUUUGGAGCGAGCAGCAGUAGUAACCAAGAGGACUGUAGGAGAACGAGGAGAGUCCGUCCAAACAAUAACAACUCAAGGAGCUUCUCCAGCAGAAAUUCGAGCUCGAAUGGAGGAGCAACUCAAAAUUCAAAGAGCAAAUUUCAACCAGAAGAGAGCAUUAGAGAGUACUCCUCUUGCAAAAGGUGGUGUUGUCAAAUUGUCUCUGUGUUCAGCUGCUACGAUAACAUCACCAUCAGGAACUAAAUUAGCUUUACCAGCCAAUCCAGGAGCGACAACCAAGGUGGUGCAGGCAGGAGCUUCAACAAUCAUGGCUGUGAGUGGGCAGAUUCCAACUAUAGUUUCUGGGAAGAAAAUAAUGGCCACUAGGGAUGGCCGUAUAAUAACUGUACAGACAACCUCACCAGCAACUGGCACUGCUGCUACACAACAGCAGACUUCAGGAACCACGGAGGCCAGUAGUAUUAGUCUUGGUAGCAGCACUAUUUUUCCUGUUGGUACUGGACCGAAAGUUCAAGUAACAUCGCAAGGCAACAAGGUGAUAAGACUGCACACAGUUGGUACUGGAGGAGGUCAACGAAUGAUACUUCCACGCUCCACUAAUUCUGUAGCUUUACAGCCACGCAUUCCUCGUCCUGUAGCACCAGCGACUACACCAGCUGCAGUAACCACAAAUUCCUCGGCUACUGUAACAUCACAAGGGCCGGCGGCAACACCCACGCCACGUACUCCUGGACAACAAAUACAGAUUAUAAGAUUACCGGAUGGCCAGUUACAAGUUAGAGGUUUAUUGGAUGGUCAGCAGCUCAUUCAACGCCCUGAUGGGAAAUUUCAGCUCAUCAACACAAAGACAGCUGGUGUUACUCAGCAGUCUACCAAUACUCCAUUGCCAACAACAAAUCAAGGUAGUUCCCCAGCUAUUCAAGUAACACAGCAAACUAAGACUGUUGUUACCAGCAGUGUUGGGUCUGUCAAUGCUGGCACAGACAACCCACAAAAGAUUGCAUCAGUGGGUACUGUCACCAGCAUUCCUUCUAGCCAUGUAGUUAAGGUAAAUGGGCAGCAAGUGCUCUUAAAGCAAAGUAAUGACAGUAAACAUGUAGUAACUGUAGGGGCCAGUGAAGCUGCAGCCGUCUCUCCCUCAGUGAAUUGUGGCCGUCAGAUAGCUUCCUCUCAGGGUGGCCAGACGUCGCCACGAAUAAAGACUAUUUUGGCACCCGAUGGCACUAUGGUUAAGACUGUAAUGUCUAAUAAUGCUACCUUGCCAGUCAAUUCUUCAAUUCCCUCAACUACCACAUCCACAUCAGCUAACACAACCAGUGUUGCAUCUUCUGAAGCUCAAGCCACUUCCAAUUCCCAAAGCAACUCUACAAGCUCAGGAAACAGCCUAACGCUGAGGGUACAGGUGCGUAUGACUGAACAAGGACCCAAGACAAUCAUCCAGGGACUACAGCCGGGAGUUGGACUUACAAAGGACCACAUUAUGGCCAUCCAGCAGCAAGUACGCAAUAUGCUUGCUCAGUACAAGUUGCAAGUGAACCAACUCUCCCCAGUGAUGGCUUUGACACUGCACGUGCCAAAAAAGCAGCAGACUCAGCCAUUGUCCACACUAACUUCACAACAGGAGGAGUCUCCUUCUCCACAGAAACAGACUCCAUCAUCACAACCUCAACAGAACUCGCCAGUGGAAAGAAGUAUUGGCAAAAGUAAUAAUUCUGUGGGAGGAUUGGUGGAAACACCAGAAAUAGAUUCUUCAACAGGACAACCUAGUCCAGACAAAAAUAUUCCUUCUCCAACUUCCUCACCAAAGAAAUUUGUACUCACACAGGAAUAUAUUCAACAAAGCGCAGCUAUAAAGUCAGCCUUAAGUCGUGAAGAUUUGGCGCCAGAUAUUGAAGAAAAGUUGAUGCAACUGCAAAAAUACAACAGUGAACAAACCAAGAAGGAAGAUGGCCAGACUUUACUCACUUCCACAACCACUGCAACUCCAACCAUCAACUCUGUUUCAUCCAGAGCCACUCCUUCCAAGAGAGCACGAGACCAGGACGACAAUGACUGGGAUCCUGUUGAAGAUAAAUCACCAGCGCUAGUCACAGUGACAGCAACUAAGCCUCGCCCCAAGAAACAACGCUCAGAACAGCGAACUUCAGACAUGACUAAGCCUAAGAAAACAUCAGCAAAAACUGAGGCAUUAGAUGCGAGGAAAAAGCAAGCACUCCAGCAUAAAUUAGAAUCUCUCAUGACUCGCCAUAAAGACCUUCUCAAGAAAGACAUUCUCAAAAAGAGAGCUCAGCUAGAAAAAGAACUUCAGGUAGAAAUACAUAAGGAGUUAUCAGUAGCACGACUACAGUUGCAGCUGCUGGAGAAGCACAAGCCAGAAGCAUCAUUACCUUCCCCCAUUAUUUCUCCACGCAAAAAGAAAUCUGGAUCUGAAUCUUCAGCCUCCCAGAUCUCAACGAGUGGUGGUCAGCUACCGUCUGAGUCUCCACAUGUGGCGCAUCCUUCACCGCCGCCAGAAACCAUCACCACAAGCUCCCCCGUUAAAAGUCCUAUGUCCACUAAGCCCCCCACUUCUGCAAAAACAUCAUCAAAAACAUCAUCUGCAAAGAAAUCAAUGAAAAAUAAAAACAAAAAAAUUGUCUGCAUCUGUCGAACACCAUUUGACGACUCAAAGUUUUACGUUGGGUGUGACCUGUGUGGCAACUGGUUCCAUGGAGACUGUGUGGGUAUUACGGAAGCCAUGAGCCGCAGUAUGACGGAGUAUGUCUGCGAUGACUGUGCAAAUGCAAAGCUCAACAAAGAAUUAUUCUGCUUUUGUCGACAGCCAUAUGAUGAGACACAAUUCUACAUUUGCUGUGAGCAGUGUGAGGAUUGGUACCAUGGCAAGUGUGUGGGUAUAAUGCAGACAGAAGCAGAUGAUAUUGAUGAUUACAUUUGUCCAAAGUGUGAUGCAAACAAUGUAUGGAAUUAUCCCUGUCAGAAGACUCUUUCUAUGAAGGAUUAUUCAGAGCUGAAAAAAGUCACAAAAAGCCUUAUACAACAUAAGAAUGCAUGGCCAUUUCUGGAGCCAGUUGACCCUUCCGAGGUUCCCGAUUAUUACAAAGUGGUUAAGGAGCCUAUGGAUCUAAAAACUGUGGAGAGUCGCGUUGAAGAAAAGUCAUAUCAGCAACUGGCACAGUUCAUCGGCGACGUAAUGUUGGUGUUUGAUAAUUGCCGCCUCUACAACCCUCCCAACUCAUCUUUCUGCUCUUGUGCAGCAACAUUAGAGUCCUUCUUUUGCCAAAAGCUCAGGAGUCUCAAACUUCGGUUAGGUCAGAAAACUUAUUGAUAUCUUGGUUUAAUAAUUCUUGCAAAAUCUUGAAGCUCAAUUUUUUGUUUAUAUUUUCUGAAAUCUCUGAAAAGUUGUCAGUAUCUUGCUGUAAUGAUGAUUGGUUGUGAAAAGAAUUUUAAUUAGGUAAAUCAGAAUUAUUUUUUUUUUGUUAUAUAGCAACACUAAUCACUCUUAGCAUCAGGAACAGCCUUGGAUGUACGGUUAAUGUAUCAUACUGAUGAGACCUGCAUGUCCACUUGGGCAGUGUUAACACUUGUCAUGUAAAAUGAUAGCACUUAACCUAUUGCAUGAGCCAGAGAAUGUUGAGCUAUUUCAUAAAUUUGAAUUUCAUGGAAAUUCUAUAUAAUGUUACCGGAAAUGGCCUCGGUAUCAAAAGACUAUUUUUUAAGUAAUUCUUUCUUUCACAUAUUAUAUUUUGUUGAGAGAAGAGGUGAAAAGUGUGAAGAGAUUAAUUUAUUGGGUGUUAUUGAAAUAGUUUUUAAUUAUACACAAAAAGAAACUUGUUAGGUUUGGCCAAGAAAGUGUGUUUAUCGGUAAUUUAAGAAGAGUGAGCCCUCAUCCUGAAGAAUGAUGAUAAACUAGAGAUGUGCACUAGGUUGACAUGAAAACUCUUUGUUGGCUCAAAAUCAGAUUGUUACUGUUAACAAAUGAAAAAGAAGGGAAUUCAAGCAUUUAUGGUAGUUUUAAAUGUUUUAUUGGUGAUACCUAGCAUGUGUUAGUGUGUGGAUGAAGGCAAGUGGGCAUGGAAGGUGGAGUGGUGUUGGGUCUGGUGUGGUUACCGUCAACACAUUUUAUAACGUUUCUUGAGCGAUUGCCACCCCAAUCCUGUCAACAAGUAAGUUUUGUACCUUUUAAAUAAGGAAAAUUGUUUAUUAUUAAUGGUACCAAUAUUUUAUUGACAAUUAAUCCUCGGUAAUAAAAUUGUAGAAUUUUAUUAAAAGUUGUUAAGUGCAGAGGUGCAGGAAAUAUUUCUGCUAUGUGCACAUUUAUAUUAUGCAAUAGACUAACAUUAUAUUGUACAUAGAAAAGUGUAUGUACUUGAAUGUACAUUAUAGUAUAUUUCUAUAGAAUAUACAUACAUGUACUCUUUGCAUUAUCAAGAGGCAUAUUAUUUUUACUGAUAUCAUAUCAAUAAAUGUACUCACAUAAUGGAGUAAUGUAUAGACUCAUGUGUUUAGUCAUCCAUCGUCACAUACCUGUUAUCCCUCCGAGCAUCACAUCAGUUUCUUCAGUCGGUCUCGGACAUCACCCUUGUCACAUUCCUUUUGUAGAUAUGAUUUCAACAGUUGGUCGCCGCACAAAUCAUUUACAGUAAUGUCCUGGAUAAGAAUACAAGAUUAAUAUAUAUUUGAGUUGUUGGAAUGACUGCCUGAAGCAAAAGACAAUAGAUGGGAUGUUUAAACCUAAUGCUUCACAGCAGAUAGGCAACUUUUAUGUACAAAAGAGAGGUUACCUGUAUGUUUCUCAAAGAUUAAUAGAUUUUGUGAAUAAACCUUGCUGGCCUUGUGUGGGAGUGUGGCUGUAGAUAUAAAUUAGUUUCCAUGGGCUCCCAACACUUCAGCCAUUAGCGGGCAGCGUUGGUGAUGUCGCGGCUGACGGCAUAUUUAUAAUUCUCGUGUUAUAAGCAGUUGCCCACUUUAAAAUGUUAAUACUUCAUGAUUGAGUCAACCUUGUACUUUUGUCUGUAAAUGUGAAUGUCAUCGUCUGAUAAAUGAUACCCAACUAUUUUUGAGUACGGAUAGGCGAUGAUUGUAGUAUUUUACAGAGUUCUUUAGUGCUUUUAUUCAUAACAUUUAUUCAGCACAUGUUGGUGUGGCUUACUGGUUUCAAAGGGCAUAUGUUUUGUGCACAUUGAGGACGACACGCUGAACACAUACAUGUUUAGACUACGUUGCCAAGUUGUAUAUGGCUGUUCAUGGUCUUCACAGCCUCUCAGCUAAGUACAAAAUUUAUCUUUGUGAAGACACCUAACAUGAAUAUGCAUAUUUGUAAAGAUAAUUUGUAAUAAGACUGCGUUUGUUUUAUAAAGUCAAGUAUUCUAAA